CGUCAGCCUUCUCGCCUUCUCGUCAGCCGCAUCUCCUUCUCGUCAGUUGCAUCUCGUUCUCGCCAGCGCCUUCUUGCCGGAGCUGCCAACUUGUGACGGAAAUGGAAAAACAGGGAGAAGAGUUUAUACGCGCAACAAUGGCACAAUUUUUCAACAAAUUCAGGAGAGACCACUUACAGAUGUUUGCUAAGUACAAGAACGAGAUGCUUCAAUACUGGCCGGAUAUGAAACACCCGGAGGACGAUGAGGCGGCGUUAGAGUUUGUCAGAUACGAAUGGCUUAAGCAUGGUUUGCCGGUGGGAUGGUCUGCCCCGAUGUAUAUGUGGGUGAAAAUCAACCUCGCACAUCUCAUUCUCUAUCACAUGGAGAAAUGCAAAUCCAAGGCCUUCAAGCCCUAUGGCAUGGUCAUUACCCACAUCCUUGCCUCACACAAGUUGCUUCAACUCACUUUGGGCGAUCCUAAGUACUUCAAUGCUACUUCUUUUGCUCGAAAUAACAUUGCCCGUCAUCUUGGAGUGUACUAUACAAAGCGUGAGUGGGAAGCUCUUCCGGAGUCCGUUCGCGACCCUCUUCAUAGGAGCUCUACCUCUUCCGUACGUACACGUCAAGAGAUUGUGGCCUUCGAGGAAUCUUCUAGCUCUCUUCGUCGCUCUUCUUCAACACGCGGAUCAGCCUCAGCAUCGGCUUCUACUACAAGCGCACGGUCCACCCACCAAUCUCGUCGUGGCGAAUACCCUAGGACUAUCCAAGAACUAACUGAGUUCAUCAAGAAGAACGUGAUAGGCCCGAUGAAGAAGAUCGCCUCAAAGGUGAAGGACAUUGAGAAGAAGCAAGUGGAAAUUGAUGAGAAGCAAGGAAGAAUUAAAGAAAAACUUGACUGUGUCCUUUCUCACCACUCCAAGUCCCGGUUUGAACAUUCUUAGGAUGUCACACUUAUGCAUCUUUAUUCUCUUAUGGUCAAACAUUUUAUUUUAUUUUCUCUUUCUUCAACUUAUAUAUGAUUCUCAUGGUUUGUAGGACUCUUAUGAAUUGGUUGUUGAACUUGUGUGUGAUGGACAUCUUUAAACUCAAAUUAUGCAUGUUGUUUAUCUUUGGUUACGUGCCUUGCCCUCAUCCCUUUUUGUUGUUUCCAAAAGCGAGAGAAGUUUUGGAUUUCUUGUAUGCACUAAUUUAGGGGGGGGGGGGUACUUAAAGAGGGGGAGUUUCUUUAUCAUUUGAAUCACGGAAGUUCGCUUAUCUUGAUUGAUCAUGCAAAUUUAGUCUUUUGAAAGCCUUAUUUGUCAACAUAACAAAGGGGAGAAUGUUAG